UGGGUUUCCGCUUGGCGUUGGCGUUGUAUGAUAUCAUUCACAAAGAAUACAACGGACGUUCCUUGAAUGUUUCUUUAGUUGAAUUUUGGAAAAGUGAACAUCUAAAUCAAUUAAGGCUAGUGAGAGGAUGAUGAAUCUUUUUAGAUCUGAGGUUUAUCGAUGGGUCUUAGCGACUCUUUUACUCUGUUCCGCAAUUGAGAAGUCAGAAUCAUUUGAAAUCAGCAGCAGACCUCCUUCCAAUCCUGUUAUUGUGAUUUUAGGCGACGAAGCCAAACUUGAGUGGCAGUUUUCUGACGCACCAAGUAGCUAUUUCGUUCAGUUUUGGAGACAGAAACCCGGUGAAAAGUUGAAACAAAUAGCAACAAGCAAGAAUGGGAACGCGUUCAAUCCGAGCGACACAACUGAAUUCAAGGCCUCCCUCCCAGCAAAACUAACACUGAAGAACGUACAGAGAAAUGAGGAAUACACCUACUCUAUAAUUCUACUUGAUUCUAAUGCGGUUGAGGUAGAGCGAGAUACAGUUACUAUUGAUGUGGUUGGGAACGAUAAGCUUAUUCACAAUACUGUCGAACGACACGGUUUCGACUGAACGCAGUUGCACUUUCGUGUUUCAAAUGGGUUGUUACUUUUCAGUCAUGUUUGUUCAAGUUAUUCUUUCAUGUACGCUAGGAAUGGCUGAAAUCCUUGUGAAUUAAUCGUUAUGUGACAGUUAAGUUUUCUGUCGCUUGAAGUUGUUUUUCUUUGAUGAAGAUUGAUGAAGAUUGAUAAUUCAGCUCAAGCUUGGGUUAUGUAAAUUAAUGUGAAUUGUGCAACCAAUAUACCUGUAUAGAGUACGUGCACGAUUUUCUUCUU